CCUUUGAGGUCUCAUUCACCCAGACACUCAUAUAUCGGCUCCGGCGCACCUCGACCUCUCCUAAUUCUUCGAUGACAUAACGAUUUCUGCAUAUCCCGGAGGACUUCUUUCUUUCUUUAUUAUAUAUUUUGUUGGUGGAAUAGAUAUUCAUGUUCGCCUCCAUUCAUUCUUCCCAGUCGGCUUUUCCGAAGACCUUUGCCACCAACGCACCGAGACUUUCUAGCAAGUAGUGGCAGGAGGUCCCACGCCAUUCCUUAGACUUCGUUCUUUCAGCUCGUGGCGCUCCCAGAUAUCGAAAUUCGUCAUGGAUAUCCCACACCGUGGUGCAAGGCCGGUGGCCUUGCCCGAGAUUUAUGUCCACGACCCUAACCCCUCUGAUCGAUUUCGCACCUCAAGCUCGUCGAGUUCGUACAAUUCGACUUCCUCUCCUUCGACCUCCUCCAUUCCAAUGUCAAUACCGAACUCACGGGACCCUGUUCCUCCUCCACUCCCCCCACCCCGACAUCUCGCAGACAUCGCAGGCGGUGGAAAUGGACCGGAUAUUGCAUGGCAAUGGGGGAAUUCCAUUUCUCAGGAAAGCGAUUGGAGAAGAUCGAUGCCAUCUGUCCAGCCUGGGUCGAGUUUAUAUGGCAGUUUUGCAAGUAGAAAGGGCGCAUUGGACGAGAGACCGGACAAUUCCCGUCGUGGAAGCUCUACCUCGACAAUCAAGUCAAUGAAUGGGCGAGAGAAUACAUAUCCGCGGAUAGAUGAAGGCUAUGCGAGUCUGUCUGGAACAAGUAUUGGAUCUAGCAACAGAUCCAAAUACCAAGAUUCCUCUGCCGCCAGGUCUGGUUUUCAAAGUUCCGUUCACGAGAAAUACCAAAGUAAUGCCCAAGCAUACGACAAAUCGUUACUGCAAAAGCUAGAUCCCCGAAGAGGCAGUGACAAUACCACACCCCCGCGAGGAUAUUCGAGAUCUGCUUUUAGCACAUCCGCCAGUGAUUCUUCUCCGACAUCACGAAUCGCUCUCGAGCAUCGAUACCCGAACGCCAUGAAGCCACUAUCCUUGCCGAUUAUCACCAGCAGACCAGGGCUUGCUGAAAGCCCAUUAAGUCAAUGGGCAGAUACCCCGCUUUCCUCUAUUUCUCCCGGGCAUUCCUAUCCCUACCCUAAGUUUGGGGGCCAAAGCCAAUUCGACCGCAGGUCGCCAAGUGAUACUGCAGAAUCUGACAGGUCACCUGCUCCCUACAUCAAACGAUCUGGAAGUAAUUCGGUAAUGAGUAUUGGCGACGACGCCUCCAGUUUCACGAGCAGAUCUCGAGAAAGCUACGACCAGAGAGUUUCUCCAGACCAUGACGUAGAUUUUCAUAUGGAGGAGGCAGGUCUAAGACGUUUACAUCUCGACGACUAUUCAGCUCGCCCAGAUGCCUACUCACCCGGUUCAACUGCAGGUCAGAAAAGGCGCGCUUCAUCGCCGCCAGGUGAUGAAGGCCCUUCGUUGCAUACCGUUGGCAGCGCAAGUGAUCUCUACCGACGGCGCGAAUCUGCAUCCCGAACCUCACCAGCACCUCGGUUCCACUCAAAUUCAGGAUCAGUAUCGUCAACUGCGUCUGCCCCAAGGAGCGGUUCCUAUGUUUCAGCUUUAUCCGCCGGUGGGAGCAGCAUAACCAGCCUGAAUUCCUAUGGGAGGUUAUCCCCGGGUGGUCUCUCUCCAGGGGCGUCAGAUAUGUCCGACUCCCCUUAUGUCACAUCUCUAUCUUUGAACCCUAGCCCCCGCGGGACGCUUUCCAGGUCAAAUCACAACCGUACGAUAUCAGAGACGAGGCCACUUAUGACAUCUCGUAAACUUUCCGACAGCUUGAGCCAUGGCAAACAUAACGGUGCUCCCAAGAAACAGGGGGGGUUCAUGUGUGAGUGUUGUCCUAAGAAGCCGAAGAAGUUCGACUCGCAAGAAGAGCUCAAUGCUCAUGAACAAGAAAAGCAAUAUGAAUGCGCGUAUUGCCGCAAUCGUUUUAAGAACAAGAAUGAAGCGGAGCGUCACCAGAAUUCACUCCAUCUUCGCCGUCAUUCUUGGUCUUGUGCCGCCCUCUCAGGAUUUCCAGCUGCGUUUCAUAAUUCUCCCACACGGCCAAACGAAGCUGACACGUGCGGCUUUUGUGGCGAAGACUUUCCCCGCUCGGGAAUCUCAUCCCCCUCCGUUACAGGACCCCCAACGGCUAUAGCAACAGAUCAAGACUGGGAAGUGCGGACAGCCCAUCUCCAGGAAAUGCACAAAUUCGGCGAGUGCAACCAUGCCAAGAAAUUCUUCCGGGCGGAUCAUUUCAGGCAGCAUCUGAAGCACAGUCACGCUGGAACAAGCGGCAAAUGGACGAACAUGCUGGAAAACGCAUGCCAAAAGGAUGAGCCAAUGCCCGAAGUGAUUCGAGGACCGGAAAGAGUCAGUCCUGGUGGGGCAAGACCGGGGAGAAUCAGCGAAGAGGAGGAAAUGGAACUUCUUUGAAGCAAAAUUCUUUUACGAACACGAAAUUCGACCUAGGGAUGAAAAACGGAGACGUCAAGAAGAAAGGAGGAUGAAAAGAAUCAUUAACGGCCGCAUAAAGAUACCCGGUUCGCUAUUUCCAUGCAUUGCUUGCAUAUUCAUUGUCAUCAAUUAUGGCGGCUUCCCGAGGCCGACCACCACGCGCAUAUCUUUGUUCGCAAAUUCUAUAUACCUCCCCGAACCGGGGAUGGAUGGUUGGUUGCAUACAGCGCUAC